AUGACCCACGGGUUCGCGGGCGAGCGCGAGACGUACGAGGCGCUGGAGACGUUCGCGCGGACGAUUGAAUGGGAUUGGCGGUCGUGCGCGGCGGUGACGCGGGCGAACGCGGAUGCGUUGGAGAAUGAAAUCUUCGCCAACGGCGCCGAGGCGGAUGGGGUGCGAGCGGUGAUGUGCGCGACGGACGACGACGACGACGAGAGCGACAGUGAGCUGUAG